UUCAGUUGCAUUCAGACGUCGCAGAGGACCACUGCUCGUAACACACUCACGAGCCGCGCCUGGGGGAAACAGUUUGUGGAGUAGUAUGGUUGUGAUAGGUUCAGUGUGGCGGAUGCUCCUCCUAUGGAGUUUAGUGGAAAUGCAUUCAGGGGCCACGGAGCAGCGGCCCCGAUUGAUUUGUCACUACACCACCUGGUCACAGGGCCGUGCUAAUCCCUACUCGUAUCGCAUUGAAGACAUUCCCGGCGAGCUGUGCACCCACGUAGUGUAUAAUUUCGUCGGUGUAGACGUGGAAGAGUACGAGCUGACGACACGGCAGCGUGAAAUUGAUAUCGUGCAAAAUGGGUUCGGGCGCUUCAUUGACCUUAAGAAGCGGUUUCCGGAUUUAAAGUUGCAUGUAGCCGUUGGAGGAUGGGAUCACGGUGGAGCACCAUUCAGCAAGAUGGCUGCAUAUCGCAAUCGCAGGCAGAAAUUCGUGAAAAGUGUGGUCGAGUUUAUGACGCGAUAUGGCUUCGAUGGGCUGGAAAUUGUGUGGCUAUACCCGGGCAGUGUCGAGCGCGGUGGCACACAGAACGAUAAGGACAACUUUUACUAUCUCAUCGAUGAUCUCAAACGGGCAUUCCAACGCGCCGAGCAACCUUGGGAAGUUGCAAUACAGGUUCCGGCCGAUCACACACGAUUCGAGAUCGGUUAUCAGCAGGACGCUCUCUGCGAAAUUGCCGACUACAUACACAUCGCUGGAUACGAUUUGCGUGGUUCGUGGACGGGAUUCGCCGAUGUGCAUAGUCCGAUGCAGAAUCGUCCUCACGAUCAAGGAAAUUACCGCGGGCUGAAUGUGCAGGAUGGAGUAGAGUCGUGGCUGAGUAAAGGCUGCCGCCCGGAAAACGUAAUACUCGGCGUCCCGUUGCUGGGGCGCACGUUUCUGCUUCGAAACAGCCAGCAAAACGCAUUAGGAUCGCCUUCCACUGGCCCCGGACCGAAGGGUCAGCAUACGUACAGUGAAGGGUAUUUGGGGUACUUCGAAAUCUGCCAAAAACUGAAGGAACCAAACUGGCGGAUGCGCUGGGAUCCGAUAGGUUUGUGUCCGUAUGCCUACCGCGGGACCCAGUGGAUCGGAUACGAAAAUGCGACGUCGUUGGAAGAAAAAGUGAAAUGGGUCACUAGCAAGGGGCUGGCGGGUAUUUACGCCUUUUCUCUCGAUCUAGACGAUUACCGGGGUAAAUGCGGGGAGGCCUAUCCACUAAUGAAAAGCCUUCACAAGUUGAUCGAAAAUCAAGUCAAACCGGAUAGUGGCAUUGGGUUCGGUAUAGACCGUGAAAUAUUUGGUUACUAGUUGACCCCGCAAACAUCGUUCUGCCACUAGACUCUUGAACCCUCCUUGAAAUUCGACUGCGCAAUCCUAUACUUGAUCUUCUGAUUAUUUUCGUAAUUUUUGUUUUUUUUAUGUAUAUAUGAGGAAGGGCGGGCCGUAUGUUCGUAAUUUUUGUUCUAAUUAAACUUAAACCACUUGACAAAUCUCCGUUGAAAGUUAAAAUAGUGAAUCAACCAAUUCAUCCUUGGUUUGCAUAAACCAAGCGUUCUUUGGUAUUUUGGGUUUACAAAAUAAAACUACCACAGUAGGCGAUGAUAAUCAAAUUAGAGUAAGAAUAUUAAAUUCAUCGAAGUCUGCAUUGGAGCUGAAAGGUGAAAAAAUAUCAAAUCAAGUUAGCUGUGAAGUGGAAAGCCAGUGCAAAAAAAGAGUGUUAAUUUGCCAUAAAACGACAGAAUUUUCCCAACAUUUCGUGGAAGCAGACCAAGACGAAUUCAUAGCGCCAGGAAUGAGCGAAAUCGGCCCAUCCGUUCUCAAGUUAUAGGUGUUCAAAAGUACGCAACUUUCAUUUAUAUAUAUAGAAGAUAGAUAAAAGAUUAAACAACAGCAGCGUAAAUAUUAGCUGCCCAGCAAUAGAAACUUGAGAUCCUAGACUGAAGCGCAAACGAAUAUUUAAAUCUAAAUGGUUUACUUAAGAUGGUUUAUGAAACUGUUUAUGAUUUUAGAAACAAGCAAUAUUAACAUUACCAAGAGUUAAGAAUAAAUAGAUGCGUUUGUUUGAAUAUACUGCACCCUA